UCCACGUGACCCUCUUCUUCCGUCUCGUCCUCCUGCCUGGCCGCCAUGGACACGAGCCGCGUGCAGCCCAUCAAGCUGGCCCGGGUGACUAAAGUGCUGGGCCGGACCGGCUCCCAGGGACAGUGCACCCAGGUCCGGGUGGAGUUCAUGGAUGACACCAGCCGCUCCAUUAUCCGCAACGUGAAAGGCCCUGUCCGGGAAGGGGACGUCUUGACGCUUCUGGAGUCAGAACGGGAAGCCCGCCGGCUGCGCUGAGCCCUCCUCACACCUGCGGCGCCCACAAUUGUGUGCUUCCCGGUUGAGGAGAGUCGAGAAACCAGAUGCAAAUCCAAUAAAAUGUCCAUGUGUUUUUUCCCCUUUUAAA